AAAGAUGGAAACAAACGACUCGUUCGCUUUGAAUCCAACUGGCGUGACCUCCAAACCAAAACAUUUGAUUCGGUUUGUGGUCAGGUAGGGACACGGCACAGCAGCAAAUAUGGUCCUCGAAGACAAAAUGAUCGCGAACGGAGAGCCAGACGAUGAGGAAGAGGAGGAAGAAGAAGAGGAGGACCUAGUGGAUCCCAUGGAAACGAUGCGAGAAAAGUGUGCAGAGGCGGAGCACUGCGUACACACACAGGCACGUCUGGAACAAUGUGAGACCCGAGUCAACUCUCGUUCCUCCACAACGGAGGACUGCACCGAGGAACUUUUUGACUUCCUCCAUGCACGGGACCAUUGUGUGGCGCACAAACUCUUCCAUUCGGUUAAAUGAAGCUCCUCUUCUUAUUGGCUGUGCCAGUGGCUUACAAGGAGAAUAUGGUUCUAAAUAGAUUUAAAAUAUUCACUGUAUGUAUAUGAAUACGCUGUAUGUUAUUUUAUCUGUAUGAUCAUAUUAGAAACCUGCAGAGCAAAUGGAAGCAAAUAUUAAAAUGGAAGGGUCAAGA